UGCAGUAGAAGAAGAAGAUGCAGCAGAGGACUUCCUGGAUGCUCGGGUGUGAAUGUAAACACAGAUAUGUCGCAGUCUCCAGACAACAGGAGCCUUUUAUCCGCUUCUUCCCAGCUCAACCUCAUGGAAGUAGAAUCGAUUGACGAUAAGGAGUUUGACAUUCCCCAAGUGGACACACCUCCCACACUGGAGAGCAUCCUUAGUCAGAUGGAGGAAGAGGAGGACCCUUUUGUUCUGGAGGAUACUUGCAUAUUAAACACGGACAACAUGGAUGCGCAGUCCUGCGACACGUCCUCCUUGGCCAGCUCUGACAGCGGAGACCCUGCUCACCUCAAACGGCAUGACCAAACACAGAAACCUGCCUUGUUUGAAAGCUCUCUAAGCCUGCUUCCACCAGUCAGCCAUAACACUAUGACCACUGACAGAAAGAGGAGGCCACUGGAUCAGAACCCAAUGGUUCAUGGCUCAGUUCUUCGACUCAGCCUGCUGAAGGGCAUUUCUGCACAGAUUGUUGCUGCUACCGACAAAGUGGAUGCUGGGUUGCCCACUGCAAUAACGAUGUCUGGUGUUAUUGCUGUAGGAACGUCUCAUGGUCUGGCCCUGGUGUUUGGAAAAGAUACCAACCAGGCUCUGCGGCUCUGUCUGGGUAGUAAGACAACAGGAGCAGAAUUUGGCGCCGUCUCUGCUCUUAGCAUUAAUCAUGACUGCUCACGUCUUCUCUGUGGAUUUGCAAAGGGUCAGAUAACAAUGUGGGAUCUCGCCAACGGAAAGCUUCUGAGGACCAUCACUGAUGCCCAUCCUCCAGGGACAGCCAUACUGCAUGUGAAGUUCACAGAUGACCCAACUCUGGCGGUAUGCAAUGACAGUGGAGGAUCUGUAUUUGAACUGACAUUCAGGAGGGUAAUGGGGAUGCGCUCAUGUGACUCACGGUGUCUCUUCAGCGGUUCCAAAGGAGAGGUGUGCUGUAUAGAACCUUUGCGGACUCCUCCAGAUUUCAGAGAUCACCCCAUCACAUGCUACUCUCUCCUAGCUAUGGCUUCCCUGACCAAGAUUCUGGUCAUUGGACUGAAGCCCACACUGAAUGUCUGGAUGACUCUUCCCUACACCAAGUCUGAUCCAACAAGUGUGCCCCAGCUGGCCUGGCAGUUUGUUCCUAUCCAGAAGAUGGUUAAUCCCGUCCUUGCCUUUUGUAAAGGAGAAACAGUCCACUUCCUUCUGGUGAAGAAGGAAGAGACAGGCACCAUCCAUGUGAUCAAACAAAGACAACUCCAACUCAGCUGUGACAUCAUCAGCCUGAAUUGGAUUAACAGUGGCACUCUUGUGCUGGUGGACAGCCAUGAGAAGCUGCACGUCGUAGACCGGCCCUCUCAAGAGGUUUUGGAGACCCUGGAUUUGGAGCAGGUGCAGUUGGUGUACAACAGUCGACACUUCAAAUCGCUGGCUACUGGAGGGAACGUCUCCCAGGCUCUGGCGCUGGUUGGGGAAAAAGCCUGUUACCAGUCACUAUCAAGCUAUGCAGGACAGAUAAUCUGUUUGGGCACUAAGUCAGCUCACAUUUUGUCCCUGAGAAACUGGAAAGAGCGCCUGGACUGUUUAUUGAAGCAGGAGCAUUUCACUGAGGCUCUGCCUUUGGCCUGGUCCUUCCAUGAGGGCAAGGCCAAGGCUGUGGUUGGCCUUCAUGGAGAUUCCCAGAGAAGGAAAGCAGUUAUCAGUGACAAGAUGGUAGAGAUUCUCCUCCAGUUUACAGAGUAUGCUCUGAAGAAAUGUCCAGAACAGGGCAAACUCCAGGUUAUGGAGCAGCAUUUCCAGGAUAUGGUGCCAAUCCUGGUGGAUUAUUGCCUCCUGCUGCAGAAGGCUGACUUGCUGUUUAACCAGUUGUACUCACGGCUAGUGGAGAACAUGGUUGCUAAGGGUGUCUUCCUGGAGUCACUGGAGUCUUAUAUUAUUGCCAAUCGGCUUGGUCACAUCACCACGCCUGUUAUGAAGGACCUCCUAGCACAUUACCAUGAUAAUGGCAUGAUGGACAGCCUGGAGAGAUGCAUUGUCCAUCUGGAUGUUACCAGCCUUGACAUACAACAGGUGGUCCAAGUGUGUUGGAGCAACCAGCUCUAUGAUGCAGUGAUCUAUAUUUUCAACCGAGGCAUGAACGACUACAUUACUCCAAUGGAGAAACUCUUUUCAGUGAUUGGUCCUAGAGUCAGAGAGGGGAGAAGCCUAACAGGUGAUGAUGUGGUGAUGGGGAACAAAUUACUUGUUUACAUAAGCUGCUGUCUUGCUGGAAGAGCAUAUCCGAUCGGAGACAUCCCUGAAGAUCUGGUAGUUCAGGUCAAGAACCAGGUGUUUGAGUUCCUCAUCCGUCUCCAUUCAGGCGACUCAUCACAGAAGGAGGAGGUUUUCCCAUUUAUUCAUACGCUCCUCCACUUUGAUACCCGGGAAUUUCUCAAUGUACUUGCCAUGACAUUUGAUGAUGUCCAGAAUGACAAGCAGGCUCUGGAGUACCAGCAGAGGAUAGUGGACAUGUUACUUCAGGUAAUGGUGGAAAACCCUGACUUCACUCCCUCCCAGGUUGGUGGUCUCUUCACCUUCCUGGCUCGCCAGCUGGCCAAGCCAAACAACACGCUUUUUGUGAACAGGAACCUUUUUGAUCAGGUGCUGGAGUUCCUGUGUUGCCCAGAUGAUGACUCUCGACAUACUGAAAGGCAGCAGGUUCUACUAGAGCUGCUGCAGGUUGGGGGCAUGGUCCAGUUUAAUGAAGAAAGGCUCUUCACACUGGCAGAAAAAGCAAAGUUCUACCAGAUCUGUGAAUUCCUUUAUGAGAAGAAACUUCUGUACGACCUGAUUGUGGACUGCUAUCUGCAAGAUCCACUUCGAAAGUCGGAAGUCUUCAGCUACAUCCACAAUCUGAUGUCCAUGCCGGGCUACAGCUCUGAAGAGAAACUAAAAGUCAAGCACAAAGUGCUGCAGCACAUGCAGGAGCUGGUGAGCCUGGACCCUGGUAAAUUAGCUGACCUUGUGGUGUGGCACUUCAAAGAUGAGGUGCAGUCAAUCAUCUCUGAACUGCAGAAUGACCAACUACUGUUCCAGUUUCUCAGCUGCCUCCUGGAGCCUCAGGAAGGAUCUCAGUCAGCGCCCCGUCUGCCUCUGGAGUCUGAGCUUUAUGAGCUUCUGCUGGAGCUGAUGUGCCGUUUUGAACCCCAAGAGCUUCUAAAGUUCCUCCACACCUCUCAGCAUUACAGACUUGAGGAGGCCAUACAGAUAACAGAGAAGUACCACUGUAAUGACGCCAAUGCCUAUCUGCUGGAGAAGAAGGGAGAUAUUCAUGGAGCAUUUGCUGGCUUGCUUCAGACCCUGAAGGAAAGACUGCAUGUCCUUGCUGCAGAGAUGAGCUGUGAAUUUGGAGGAGGAGCUGACAGACGUGAUGAAGAAGAGGUGGAUGGUGAUUUAACACUGAUGACUGUGAAGAGUUCACUAAACCAAAUGAUUCUCUUCUGUCAUCGAAACUGUCAGAACCUUGAUCAAGAACAAAGAAAGGAUCUGUGGUUUCCACUCCUGGACACCAUGAUGGCCUCUCAGAAAGAGGUGAUGGGGCUCAGUGAUAAACACAUCUCGGAUGGGCUGAAGGAGAUGACCCUGAAGGUUAUGAACUGUAUGAGCAGCUUUAUUUCUCUUCCUGCCAUCAUCCAGCAAAUACUGCAGGACCCAGUUUAUGGAAGAGGGAAGCUGGCAGAGAUUCAGGGACUCAUUCUGGGAAUGCUGGACACGUUUACCUAUGAACAGACUUUGCUUGAAACAACAACAAGUCUGCUGAACCAUGACCUCCACUGGUCUUUGGCUCAUCUCCGCUCUGCUGUCACCAGAGGGCUUCAUCCACGACAAGACUGCUGCAACAUCUGUCUGCAGCACUACAAGAGGAAGCAGGAUGCAUCAGAGGAGAUCAUUGUGUUUAGCUGUGGCCACCUAUACCACUUGCAGUGCCUGCAACAGAAAGACUGUGGGUGGGGCCAGACCUCGGAGCUGCAGCCUUGGAGGUGCUACAAGUGUUCUUCUAGCCAUAGAGGAAGGGCUUCCGCUGAGCCAAACAGAAGCCGCAGCGCAUCUCUUGCUCAGACCUGUUUUUCAUCAGGACAUCAUGAGAAAGGAGCAGAGACUCACAGGAAGAAGGUGUUUGCUGUGGCAACAAUGGAUCUGCAGCAGGAACUGUCCUGGGAUCACUUACGAGGUUUAUACAGGGGACCAUCGAGGCUCUCCAUCCUUUCUGAGGUUUCCCACGGCCAAGGCAGCGAGAAAACAAGCUUCCUAAUUCCAGCCCAACCAGGGACAGAACAUUUCCCCCUUAAACUCGCUCCUCCUCCUCUGUUUGAAGAUUAGCACCUCAUGGGUUGAGGAAAAGGCUUUCCUUCAAUUGUUUUCAACAGAAUUUACACAUGCUCAGUUUUUUUUUCUGCUAACACUACUGUGACUUUCUUCCAUCUGUUCCUGUUAAGUUGUUCAUGCAGCCAAACUUUCAUAAUUAGGGGAAAUGUCAGUGGAGCAGCACAUUGGAUUUAUUGACAUGUAAAGAAAGUUUCAGCCUCCCUCCAUCCAGUCAGGUGGCAGCAGCAGCAGGCCAAGAUGAGAAGCUCCUGUUUGAACUAACUGAUCUAAAAAAAGAAAGUGAACCAAUACCUCAUGUGUUAACCAACAGGGUCUUUAGGGAUUAGCAAACUCAUCAGAAAGUGGUGCAGCUGUCAGACGAUAUCUUCAUUUCACAAGCAGCCCCUCAUAGUUGCCACCUUCAUAGUGUUUCCUGGGAGGCAUUGUGUUUUGUUUGCCUGGUCCUUUUUAAUGACUGGUGGUGUUUAAUUGUGCUUGGUACCUACAGCAAAAACAUAAAUCUCUUUAUGUUUUUAAUAAAACAGUGUGCUGAAGUUCA